AUGGGCGUCGACAAUGAGACCGUCUCUUCCGAGAGAAGUCUCCAAGAGGCCCCUACGAAGGGUCAGAAAUGGAGGAGCCACAUCUGGGUUACAUGGGCCAAAAGCAAACAGGAACAACGCCUUCUACGCAAGGUCGACUACACACUUCUUGUGUUUGGCUUCCUCGGCACCUUUACGAAAUUUCUCGACAAAACGAAUCUUCAGACGGCCUUCGUAUCUGGUAUGAAGGAGGAGCUGGGCUUUUAUGGCAUUCAACUCAACUAUGCCACGACCUGUUACAAUGUUGGACUUAUUGUUGCACUGUGGCCAGCAAGUCUCAUUCUUGUUCGAACCAAGCCGAAAUAUUUCAUCACUGCCAUCCAGCUACUCUGGUCGAUAUGCACGUUCGCAAAAGCCAGAAUGAACACGGCAGGACAGAUGUACGCUUUGAGAACGCUGAUUGGCAUCUUUGAAACUGGACACUAUUCCGGAAUCAUGUAUCUCUGCGGAUCAUGGUAUCAAAGUCGAGAGCUGGGAGUCCGUCUCUCCUUGGUCAACACCGCAUCUCAAAUCGGCCCCAUGGCCGGUGCAUACCUACAAAGCGCAGCGUACAAAGGCCUUGAUGGAGUCAGCGGCAUGUCCGGUUGGAGAUGGCUUAUGAUGAUCGAUGGCAUCAUCUCGAUUGUGGUCACCCUUCCACAGAUCGUCCUACUUCCAGAGGUCCCGUCUCGGCUUGUGGCAAAUUGGAUGUUUACAGAGGAAGAAGUCAUCCUCGCCAAAGAUCGUCAACCGAAAGAAGGAAGAGCCAAGCAGGGAUCUUUCACUCUUCCUCAGGUCAGACGCUGGUUCACGACACUCGAGAUCUGGCUGCUUUGGGUUAUAUCAGUAUGCAACAUGAUUGGCAUGCAACCAUCCCUUUCUUUGAAUUUCUGGUUCAAGGGCUGGAACACCGUCAAGCCAGGAUCUUUUACUGUGCCUCAAAUCAACGACUACACCACCCCAAUGUAUGCCGUCAUUCUUGUAACAACGGUCAGCAUGGCAUGGAUCAGUGAUACUUUCCUCAACGCUCGCAGAUGGCCCAUGGUGGUCUUGGGCUGUACCAUCAAUGCCAUUGUGUGCAUAAUACUGGGAGCGACCCCCGUCUACCCCCACAACAGAGCUUUCCGAUGGUUUUUGUACUACAACAGCGGCUGGGGAGAGGCAUCUAACUGCAUGUUUUGGGCCUGGACUAGCGAGAUCCUUGCUGGAGACCCCGCCACCCGAUCGUUUGCUCUGGCCGGCCUCAACGUCUGGGCAGCCGUAUUCGCAGCUACCAUUCCCCUCGCCGUCUUCAAGACUGUCGAUCAGCCUGCGGUUGUCAGUGGAAACUACACGGCGGCAGGCUUCCUGUUCUGCCAAGUCUUCACUUCACUCGCUCUGGCUGCUCUGGUUCAACGGAAAGCAAACCGUGGUGACGAGGAAAGCGACCGACCGGUCGUCGAAAUCUCCGAGAAUUCGAGCACAUCUGACGUUGCUGGCGUAGAGGAGACAUUCCCGGAAAAGGCGUGA